UGCUUUCCCACCGAGAUGAUUUCCACAACCGAGAGGACGCGGCAGUUAAAUGGCACCUGUGCUGGCUUGGUGGACAUGGAACUCUUUCUCCAUUACUCCCUCAUCCCAUCACUUUUCAUCAUUUUGGUCUUGUCCUUUCUCCAAAGACGGGAGCACUGCAAACAGAGAGAUGACACUUCUUACCUCCUGGGGAACCACUUUGGAAUUAUCAUACCUCUGGACUUCGUGGGCACCUUUAGUAACCGGUGGUCCUACGGAAUUGCCUUCGGAGCCACAGCCAAUAAGGUCAUGUUCUUGUUCUCAGAAGGCUCCCAGCUCCCGCGGAUCCCGCAGUGGGCCCGAGCCUUUGUGCUUCUGAUUGGAGGCAUCGAAGUCGGCCUGUCCCACUUCCCCUUCUUUGCCUGCCUCUCAUCGGAGUUCCGGCUGGUCAGCUCCAUCCUGGGCUUCCUCUACUCUCUGAUCUGGUUUGCUGUCACCAUUCUUCACAUCACACAGUGUCCCCAUGGGCAGUUUUUGGGGAGGUAUGAGACCGUCAUGUUCUACUGGCCCUCGCUGCUGUGCCUGUCCUUCCUGCUGGGCCGAUUCCUGUACAUGUUCGUCAAGUCUCUGAGGGUCCACCUAGGCUGGGAGCUGCAGACGGAAGAGAAGCCUUUUCUGGAAAUUCAUCAGGCAGAGCACGUCAAGCAGCUCCUGCGGAAGCCCCCGCUGCAAGAGAAAAAAAAGUCUUGGUUUCAGAGCAGGAUAUACGAGUGGGACCCCUGCUUUCAGUUCCCAAGCAGAAUGAUCGGAACCACUGUGUUGGCUUCCAUCUGCCUGUAUCUCUUCAUUGUCAUUGAGUUCUGCGUGUUCAUGUAUGUGAGGGAUGCGCUGGAUGUGUUUGAAGGCGAGUUAGAGAGCUACAUUGCCUCCGUGAACCAGACCGGGUCCCUGACCCCAGUCAUCCUGCAGGUGAAGGAGCUGAUGAACAUCGCCAAAGGAGUCUGGGUGGUUACCAUUUUGCCUGCCUCCCUCACGUGUGUGAGCUAUCUAUUCCACAUUUUGGCUUGUUACAGAAAGCACGUGAAGAGGUUGUGGGCAGGAAAUAAACACUUCCUCCCUCUGAAGUUCCAUAACCCUUCCUCCUCAGGGAGUGUGGCGGCCAUUGCAAGGUACUCUGGCUGGCAAAUAGCCUACAUUUUGUGGGGCUACCUCAUUAUCCACGUGGUGCAGAGCCUGUGUGGCAUGGUGAUCAUGUACAGCCUGGUGUUGCCCAUCAUCCACCACCAGGGCCUGGAGAUGCUCCAAGGACUGGGCAUCGGGAUCCUCACCCUAUCCAUCGUCCUGGGUCUCAUGAUCCUGCAGGUAUGGAUCGCUGGCAGCUUCUUCCUGCAACCCAAGAUGGGCACCGCUGACAAGCAGAAGCCCUUGGCUCUCAACAACAGGAAAGUGUUCCACAACUUCAACUACUUCCUGUUCUUCUACAAUGUGCUGCUGGGCCUGGGCGCCUGCCUCUCCAGGCUUCUCAUCAGCUGCAUCCUGGGCACGUGGCUGAUCGCCCGCAUCGACAGGACCAUCAUGCAGAACGGCUACGAGGGAGCGGACAUGGGGUUCAGUGCAUGGGUUGGCAUGCUCUACGUGGACCAUUAUCACACCAACCCCGUGCUCGUCAGCUUCUGUCACAUCCUGCUCACAGGCCUGAGGGAGAGGAAGCUGCAGCAGGCCAUCAGCUAUGGGCACCUGUAUCAGUCAGCAGGUCCCCGCACCUCGGCGAGGCCCAGGACAAGGUGGCGCCUGCUGCAGACCCUGAUCAACAACCCCAGGCUGGUCAUGCUCAGAAAGUCAAAACCAGGUCACGGCUCCCAGGAGUUUACCCAGAUCCUGCUGACGUGCUCGGAGAGCUGACGUGGCCUCCGCCACCGCUCCUCGCCACGCCAGGAUGACUGCGACUGCUGCUGAGACGAGG